UUAGUCAAGGUGAAGAUCUUCAGGAACGCCCAAAGGGAGUUGAUAUGACCAUAUGUACUGACUCUUCAUUUACUACCAAAUUGGAAAGUCAAGAUGAUAAUGGUGAUACAAGCAGCAGAGUUUCUGAACCUCUUCAUGAAUAUAUAAAACUAGAUCAAGAUAAUUCUGGGUUAUUUCAGAGUGGUGCAGAAAACCUCAGGCUGGAUGAGCAUAUAGCUCUAAAUUCUGGAUCUUGGGUUCCUAGUUCUGUUGCAGUGGAAGACAACAAUGCCAAUGAUCUCAGUGGAAAUGUUGCUGAUAUUAAUUCCCAAUCUUUGCAUUAUGAUAGUGAUCGCACUCUUAAACAUCAGCUUGGUACUACUGCUUCUGCUGCUGUGCGCAGAGAGUUUUCAGUCAAUUCUGAUGGCCAAACUGACCAUAUGGAAGGUAAUUCUGAAUCUGUUUCAGAAGGAACGGUUCCUUCCACAAUGAAGGCUACAAAUGAACAAAUUACCCUUUCAACUGAAACUUUACAAAUGUCCGAUAUCCAAGCAGAAGAAUCUGACUUAAAAAGGACAUUAGCUGAAGAGAGCAUCACCAAAGACAUUGGGGAAGAUACAUUUGAGAUUAAGUCUCAGUCUCUACCAGAUGGUGUGAACAACCUUAUCAAACAACAACGCAGUGCAUUAGCAGUCGUGCCACCAGAUGCCUCUGUUGAUUCAAGUAGCCAAACUGAUAGUGUGGAUGGCCAUUGGGGCUCUGUUUCAGAUGGAACAUUUCCUUCCACUAGAGAUGUUAAUGAAGAACGAGCCAUCAUUGGUCCUGAAACACUUGAUAUGGUAAUAAACGGCAAAGAUGAUCAAAGAGCUAACUUGGAGACAACAAUUGGUGCUUCUGAAAUACUGCAUUCUGAUCACAGUGAUAUAUUCGAUGCACCUUCUUUCAUGACCUUGGUUGAACCUGGCAACAGAGGAAUUGAUCAACAGACUGCGUCAUCUGAAAUCCAGACAGUUCAGAACAGUCAACAGCCAAAUUCUUCCCCAUUGCGAGCAGGGUGGUUUCCUUCGCUUACUCAUGAUGUGAAAGAGUCCCCAGGGAGGAAGAAGAAUGAAGAGAUCAUUGCUAAAGUCAGUAACUGGAGUGCUGGGAAACCACAUAUGCCUUUGAAGAACCUGUUGGUUGAAGCAAACCUUGAAAGCAAGCCAAAGCCACCAAAUCCAUUGGAACAUCCACCAACAGUUGCCACCCCCAAACAUGAGGCCUCUGCACAAGACAAUAAUCUCCCUGCCAAGGCUUUCCCUUCAGUGACAGCUCCAGAAGCAUCCACAGCUUUUGCAGCCAAAGGUGAUGAAGAGAAAGAAUGGAAUUCUCCUGCAAGGCUUCCAGUGAAUAAGAAAGAGAAGAGGAGAGCCAGAGGGAACUGGGUAGUACCAUUUGUGUGCUGCACUUCUGUUAAAUUGGACUCAUGAUG